UCAAUCGCCAUAAUUGACUCCUUCUCAGGUGAUUUGUGUGACGAGCCUCACCUGUCUCCUGAAUCCUUCCACAGCUCCUGCAGACUUUUCUGACCAGCAGCUUCAGAGGGCUUCAGAGCUGACUGAGGUUGUUGUUUUUGGGGUCAGGAUGCCUCGAGUGCAGCCCAUUUACUCUGACAUCUUCUAUGAUCCUCUGACAGAAGAUGUGGAGGAACUUCUGGCUCGAUUCCAGCAGACAGAGUCCAUCAGGUUUCAGGACUUCUCAGCCAUUUGGAGGGAGAUGGGCUUCUCCGAUGUGUUCAGGGGCACCCUGAGCAUGGGAGAAAUGAAGAGGUUCUGCAGAGUGGCGCUGGCCACAGCCGUGAAGUUCUUCAUGCCUCCAUACAGCUACCAGAUCCGAGUGGGAGGCCUGUAUUUGAUGUUCAGUUUGUACCACACACAACUCGCCAGCCCGCCCGUGAAGAUCAGGUUCGCUCUGAGGGACUGGGCUCUGGUGGAGAAGUUCCUCAAGGACUCUGCGGAUUCUGGGCAUCAAGAUGUCGUUUACGUUUUCCAAAAGCUCGUUGCAAUCAAAGCCGUGCACUACGCCGCCAUGCAGCACUUUCUCGCCUUCCAGAAGCAGAGGAAGCCGAAGAUGGAGACCGUGUGCGCGGAGUUUCUCGGGAGGACCACGGCGGUCCAGGAGCUCUCCUCCGCAGACGUCCUGGAGGAGGUGGCCAACAUCCAGAGCCAGUAUGAGAAGCUGAAGGAGGCCACGACGGAGGUCAGCUGCAAGGUCACCAUGACCUACCCGGAGUUCUCCAACCAUGUGAAAGACUGCAUGUCAAAGUUCAUCACAUGGCAGCACAAGACUUUCUCAAAGCAUGACAAGGACAAGAACUCUGACGAUGAAGAAGAAGAAGAGGAGGAGAAGCAGACUGAGGCGGAGUACUGCAGCAGCAGGGCCCAGCUCCUGUCCUCCAUCAAGCAGAAGAGCUACGGAAACUUCCAGGAGGAGUCCAAGUCCAGGAGGCAUCGACAGGCCGAGACGGUGGAGUCCUCCAGCUCGGGGGCCGAGCAGGUCCAGGAGAGGCCUCCAUCGCCCGGGCACAGGAAGAGGCCUCCAUCGCUGAGGGCCCGGACCAGGAAGAGUCUCGGGGUGACGCGGGAGGAGUGCAAGCUCCAGGCCUGGCUCCUGAGCGUCCCUGAAGAGACGCAGCAGAGGUCGCCGGUGAGGAGGUACAACCAGACGGCACCGAUCAAACCGUGAUGGAAGGGAGGACUUUAAAGUAAAGAAAGAGGUUUUUUCUUUUUGUUCUUCCAGGUUAAAUGA